GCGUCGCUAGGGGUUGCUUGGUUUGUACGGCCGCUUCGCGCCUGCGCGCGUAGUUCGCGCCACUGCUACGUUGCUUGCAAGCCAGAUGUUCUGAAAAGCUUCCUGUCGUCGUUACAUUGCUCUGCAUUUUUAUCUAGAUAUAAAAUGUGGACUAGGAUUAUUUUAUUAUUUUAUACUAUGAGUGAAGUAUCCAGUGUAUAAUUUAAUAUGUGUUUAGUAGAUUGUGUCGUUUAAUUGAAAGUUAUCGAGCGUCUCGAUGUCCACGAGUUCACUCGAGACCAACAAAGCGGCGGACAUUUUAUUUUGAGUACUCGAUAAUGUAGCGUUUGCGUCGAAAACAUUAAAUGUCGUUUUAUGGUUCUGUAUUUGGAUAUCGUUCGCUUACACCUUUCCGAUGCCGAGGGGGGUGAAGCGAGGGCCGGCGGAGGGCGAAGCUGAGGUGGUAGUACGCGUCGGAGCAUCUCCGUCGCACACAACACUCUUAGAUGACAGCCCCAGCCAGCCCAUCAGCUACCACCUGCUCGACCAUGGCUACGGUGCCACGCCUCAACACCAGAUUCGGCGGGAGGCGCCCACCGCACCGCCGAAGACUUCAGAAGCGGUGAAACGAAGACUGAACCUGAGCGAGAGCAGUUCGGGCAGCCAGGGUCACGUGGUGCCCAUGAAAGCUGACUUCAAGACGCCGAAGCAGAAACGCGUCAAAGUCCUUACUCCCUAUAGUCGCCCGUCCAGUUCUAUGAAAAAAUACACCGAACGUUCCAGGUUUGACACAUCAUUAGGUCUAUUAACAAAAAAAUUCGUAGCACUCCUCAAGUCAUCACCCAACGGUGUUCUCGAUCUUAACAUAGCGGCCGAGCACCUCUCGGUUCAGAAACGACGAAUAUACGACAUCACAAACGUAUUAGAGGGUAUAGGAAUAUUAGAGAAAAGAUCGAAAAAUAAUAUACAAUGGAAGUGUGGCGUGGGCGGCGCGGGCGGCUCAGGCGAGGAGGCGCGCGUGCGGCGGCUGCGGCGCGAGGUGCGCGCGCUGGGCGGGCGCGAGGCGCGGGUGUCGCGCGCCGUGAGCGCGGCCGAGCAGGCGCUGUCGCGGCUGUCGGCGGAGCACGGCGCGCGCGCCUACAUCACCUACGCGGAUCUACGCUCCAUCAAAGACUUCCGGAACCAAACCGUCAUACCCAUCAAGGCGCCCCCGGAUACGAGGCUCAGUGUACCACAUCCAGAUGAGAAAGGCUAUAUGAUUCAUUUGAAAUCUAUGUCUGGAGAAAUAGAAGUCUACCUCUGUCCUAAAGAAAGACCACCAACACCUCCACCCUCAUCAGGGCUUUUACCAUCGGAUCCCUUACUCGAAGACAACAAGGCUCUGUUGGCUCCGCUCAUAGCACAAUUGCAGUCCAUGCCCUCCAGUUCAAUCACGGCUGCCUUUACGACACCCAUAAAGCGCGAGCCGGCGUCCUCGUCGUCGUCGUGGUCGCGCAGCCUCGUGGUGCGCUCGCCGUGCGUCACGGACCCCACGCUGCCGCUCGCCGCGCCGCGCGCCGCGCCGCCGCCCGCGCCCGCGCACGCGCCCGCGCACGCGCCCGCGCCCUCCCCCGCGCCCUCCCCCGCGCCCUCCGCCUCGCCGCUGCUCUCCACACCCGACAGCAACGGCGCGCGCGGGCGCCUGCGCAACGCGCUCAUCGCGGACAGCGACGACUUCGCGCCCAUCAUGGGCGGCGGCCGGUUCCAGCUGCAGACCGAGGACCAGGAGUCAGAGCCGUUGGAGCUGGAACCGUUCCUGGCGCUGGAGCCGCCCAUGUCGGCGAACGACUACGGUUUCUGCCUCGACCACGACGAAGGCUUGUCGGAACUUUUCGACUUCGAGUUCUAGUGACGUUCGUGUGAGCUCCGUGCGCGGGCCGCAGUGACGCGUGUGUGUGACGUGACGAAAUGGUGCCACGAUGUACAGUUUACUAUAACAUACAGCCGAGCUGAAGUUACAUUAUUGAACCGAUAAACUAUGCACAAACGAGUCGCGAGAAAAGUACGCUUAAAUUGUACAUUUUAAAAGAAUGUUUUUUUUUUAUCGGCCAUGAAUAAAUGGUGGUGUACAUGCAAUAUAUAACAUCGAAUCUGCAAUAGAAAUGUCAUGGAAAUUCGAAGUAAUUACGGUGACAUGAAAUUUCUAAGUAUUUGUUACAUGUUUUUUUUAAAUCGAAUUGAUAUAAAAAAUUGUGUGAUUUAGUAGUGACUAUAAAAUGAAUGAUGAAAUGCUAAGCAACAUAAAAAAAGUCUAGGAUGCUAUGGUAUUCUACGGCAGAAUUUGCAAUGACAGUACAUUUAGAAAUGAGCAUUUUAUCAUGUUAAUAUAUUCACAUGUAAUAUUUUAUGUAUGUGUAUGUAAAAUCGUAGUAGAGUAACAUAGCAUCGAAUGAUUUAAAUUUAUUUUGUCAAACAUACCUCUUACAUUACAUGACAGGCCGGUAAUCAAAGGGAGGAUGGGAGGUUGGGUGGUGCCGCCCGCUCUGUACAUAUUACGAUAUAAUGAAUGGUGAUAUCUUAGCGGCCUUCGAUUUACUUGUAAAGCUAGUUCUAAUUACUGUUUAUCACUAGCGAGAGGAUACGGUUUGCGAAGAUAAAUCUGUUGCGAUUUUAUUUUUGGUGGGAUGCACUCAAAUCGAAUAAAAUUUGAUAUAUUAUAGCUGCAACAAAUUGAAUUUAUCGAAGCUGUGUCCCAUCGCCGCUAAAUGUGUCCGUUUCCUUAAAACCGUCGUUUGCCAAAUAUUUAGUUGAUAAAUAUAAUGUUUCCUCAUCUUAUUUAAGCUUCAUUUCUUUUAGUUUUCAUUGUAAAUAGACCCGAGUGGGAUGGUCGGUGAGAGGCUAACAUGUAUCCUGUUGCAGUAUUGUUUCAAGUGUGUGUGCCCAAAGUGCAAAGCUAAUUAGUGACCUUAAUGUGGAAGUACGAAUCACGCAUCGCUCGUCACCAUCCCCUCUGAGAAAUAGUGUACAGCACAAAUUCCAUUGUAAAAAUCUAUACAUAAGUGCAUAUCAAAAUAAAAUUAACGUUAGAUAAUAUAAUUUAAAAGCACGUAGGCGUUUUGAGUGUGGUUCAGGCGCGGUGCGAUGUGAGAUGGAACCUGUUCGGUUGUAAUAGCGACAAAUAUUAAUUUAAUUAACAAAAUCCCUUAUUUAUAUGUUCCGUAUGGGUUCCGUAAUAGAGAAGACUGCAUUAAAUAUAUCGUGAGAAAAAUUAUUCUAAUGUUACGAUCUUUGUACGUGUGAAACCGUACAUGUAUUGUAUUGAUUUCUUAGAAUUAGCCGAGUCGGUACUGAUUCGUUCCUUUGAUUUAAAAUUAAUUUUAAAAUUAUCUCUGAUAGAGAUAUACAAUAGAAGAUACGGUAAUUGAAAUCUUAAUUAAAUAAAUGAAAUAUAAAAAUGAAUUUUAGGCGCUUUUUCAAUUAUUGUUAAUGAUUAAGUUUUAUUUUCUUGGUUUGAUAGGUUUUUUUGAAUGUUUAGUUAUUUUAGCGAGUCGAUAGAAACAUAACCUUUGAGAUAAUAUACCUUAAAAGUAGCGUUUCUGUCGACGGUGCUACCUAUUCUUUAAGUUUAUAAAUGUUGAAAAAUGUUACAAAAUCUAUCACUUAAAGUUACCUCGUAGUCAACGAAAAUAUAACAUCUUGAGAGCGAACAACGCCAGUAGAGUUUUUGAAUUUUCUGUUUUGAAGUUUUUUUUAUGAAAUUGUUUAUGACACAAAUUCUGGGGCCAAAACAAACGAGAAAAGGAAGUACAAAUUAAUCAAAAUUUUUCUCGUAAUUUAGUUUAAGGUUUCUACACUUCUUUCAUGGUUUAUCAUUGAUUAAUUCUUAUUUAAAAUAAAAAAAAAUCACCACAUUAUCAAUCCAUUGUUAUUUAUAAUUCUUUGCCUUAAGAUUGUAAAAUUGUUUGCCCUUGUAUUUAUUUUUUAUUUUUGCACCACACAAAUGUCGAAGAUGUAAAUUGCAUAACCACACCAUAUAAUUGGUUAUUUCAUCAAUCAAAAUAAUUGUAGGUACUGCGUAAUCGUUUUUUUGCACUUGUAGCGUACAGCUGAUAAUGUUAUUUGUAAAUAAAUUCAAUGGUAAAUUCUAGAUUGCAAAGUGAACGUAAUAAUUAACUUAAACUUAUUACCAAAAUUGAGACAAUUACAAACGAACAUUCUGCAAAUUAUGCAUGAUAAUAAAAUUGUAUAUC